UUCCUCCUCCUCCUCCAUCCCGUCCGUGCGCGCCGCAUCCCUAAACUGCUCCUCCUGCUCCUCCUCCUCCUCCUUCCACCGGGCGCCACGCGGGACCCGAGCCGCGUCUCCUCCGCGCUGAUCGGCGCCUCCACGGGUGUUGCUGCUCCACCUGCAGGUUCUCCUCACCCGGGUCGCCAUGCAGGAGGCGUGACCCGGCUUCCUCAGACCCAAAACAGAAAAAGAAGAAAGUCCCGACCGACCGACCCGCUGCCGGUCCAGAUGUCGGACCCCGGCGCCUCCUCCGCGGCGGCGGACGGCCCGCUGCCCUCCCCCCGCACCUCCCUGCAGUUCUCCUUCCCCUUCCUGAGGGAGGGCAGCCGGGUUUGGGAGAGGGAGAGGAAGCCCCCGCAGCCCAGAGAGCUGCCCAGCCCGCUGCCCACCAAGCGCACGCGCACCUACUCGGCGACGGUGCGAGCCAAGUCGGGUCCGGUCUACAAGGGGGUGUGUAAAAACUUCUCCAGGUCUCAGGGUCAUGGGUUCAUACGCCCCUCCCACGGCGGGGAGGACAUCUUCGUCCACAUCUCUGACAUCGAUGGAGAGUACGUGCCCGUGGAAGGGGAUGAGGUCACGUACAAGGUGUGCCCCAUCCCCCCCAAGAACCAGAAGAUCCAGGCCGUGGAGGUGGUGCUCACUCACCUGAAUCCAGUCACCAAGCACGAGACGUGGUCGGGUCAGAUCAUCAGCUCCUAGAGCGCCGCUCCGGGCAGGAAGGAGCGUCUCCAUGUAGUUUUGAGUUUUUAAUGUCUACAGGGGGGGGGGGGUGACGUUUGGGAGAAGAUCUGGGGACGAGGGGCUCGGCCUGCUGCACAGUUCGCUCUGUGGGGGUCCAGCUUUGAAUGUGUUUCAUGAGUGUUUUAACGUAGUAAAGUUAGGGCGGUAGAUUUUCUAUCUUACUUUGACCUGAAGGAACAUGGAUGAGAUGAGGUCAGGAGAUGCUUGAGAGGUAUCGGGCUCGGUUUUUGUGGCACAGUAAAAAGUGAAUUCCAAGGAAAAGAGCUCGACGAAGCUCUG